AUGAUUAUAACGUCAGCUUCUGGCAGGUAUGUUACCGCUUUUUCGGCUUCUUUGGACGAAUGUGCAGCCAAUCAUAUUUCAACCCAACAGCAGGCAAUCAAUUAUAUCACUUCAAAGGUAGCGACUUUCAAGUUUAUUCGUAGUCACCACCAUCAAUAUCACCCACACAUCAAAGUGCGUAAAUUUGGAUCUCCUUAUGGCGGAACUGCAACAUCUACAGGGGUCCCACUCCCUAAAGAGCAUGAGGCAGUCGAUUUCCUGUCAAGCUCCAUGAUCUGCCAUAUUCCUUGCCAUGACGGCAAUUUCAAAAUGAAAGCAAUAUUCCUGGGUUUAAUGACGAGA